CAGUUGGCCUUGGGAUUACCUUUCAAAUAUUAAAACCUAGGACUGGAACAUGGUUACAAGUUUAGCUAAUUCUAUUUCAUAAUUGUAUUCAAAAACACAUUACACCAUGUGGAAAGUUCAGGCCUUGCUGGUGCAUCUCCUCCUGCUCGGAUCCAUUCUGAGCGUUUACUUUCAGUCCACCGUGUUAUCAGGUAUGGAACCACAGGUGACUCUCCGUGAGCUGGGCAUGCGGCCGCCUGCUGAUCGUUUGGUGGUCUUCGUUACCGAAGGCCUACGGGCAGAGUCCCUGCUGGGGGACAACUGCAGUGGGGUGCCAGUCCUGCGAGACCUAUUUAUGGAGCAGGGCUUGGUCGGUAUCUCGAUUUCUUCGGCGCCGACGGCAACUCGACCGGGUCACAUUUCAAUCUUUGCGGGCUUCAAUGAGGAUCCAUCGGCAGCACUCACCAACUUUGGCUGGAAUCCCACCAUCUUCGAUACCGUUUUUAAUCGCAGCCGAACAGCUCUGGGAUGGAUGGACAACAACACUGCCAAAAUCUUUACCCACUUGCCGAACGGGGGAGAGCCUCUGCGAUUCGAGACCUACUCCAAGCCAGACGUUUCUGGCAGCCUCACAGAUGAGUCCGUUUUGGAAAUGGUGCGCGACUUCGUGACGAAAACCUACAACGUACGGCCGUUGCGCAAUGCCAGUUCGGUGGUUUUCUUUGUUCACCUAGCAGACAUGAAGUUCGCCGGUGAGACUUUCACGCCCACCAGCUCCAAAUUCAAGGACAUGCUUAACUCCACCGAACAAGUUGUCCGGCAGAUCUAUGAUCUCUUUGAAGGCGCUUUCCAAGACAAACGUACGGCCUAUCUGCUCACUUCUGAUCACGGCAUGACCAAUAAGGGCCAUCAUGGCAAUAACAGUAGGCACGAGGUGGAAACUCCCUUCAUACUCUGGGGAAGUGGUGUUAAUCGCAAAGCCCCUGAAACUGGACAGCACUUCAUUGUCAACGACGAAGGACGUGAACUGCCUCUUUACGAAUUGCAACAGACUCAAUUGGCGCCACUCAUGUCCGCCAUUAUUGGUCUCCCGCCGCCCAAGAACAACAUGGCCCUUCUGCCGCUUGGCUUUGUGGAUGCCACCGUUCAGUACGAGCUCCAGGCUAUGCACCUGAACACCAUGCAGCUGCUGGCCCAGGCCAGUAUCCUAUUAACGCGACAUGAGAGUGGCGUAUUUUCCAAGUUCAUGCCCAGUUAUGAGUACCUUGACUUUGAAGGGAUCCAUCAGUAUUCGCUGAAAAUGCUGGGACUGGUCAAUAGACAGCGGUAUGAGCAGGCCCUGAUGAUGAGUCAGAAGAUGGCGAAGCAGGCUCUGCAGUGCUUGGAGUACUACCACACGUACUAUGAGCAGGCCCUGCUCAUGGCCACCACCGCCUCCUACAUGUUGUGGUUCCUCUGCCUCUUGCUAAAACUCACGCGUGAGUCCAUCCACCCCAGGCCAGCUCGCAAGGGACUUGUUACCUGGACCACGCUGCUCAUGUGCCUUGCAGGACUGAUGAUCGUGGUGGCGAUGAUACUGCAGAAUGUCCCCUGCGUAACGGCCUUCUAUCUUCUGCUGCCCUACGGAAUUCUAAUUCUAGCCUUGGGCGAGCUGCCCACCAAAGGUGUCUGGGUCAUGAAUCUUAUCUUCCAUCUGUCCGGGAUCGUGAUGCCUGGUUUUCUUGUGAUACUGAUGGCUUUCCGCAACAAUCACAUCGGCGUGCUCUACGGUGCACUGGCGAUCCUGAACAAUCGGAAGGCAUUCCUCAGACCGUCCGUAAAGUUAUUUUCCUGGCUAGGUCUCGUCAUCCUGCUGAGCGUUCUCCUGGUGUUGAAGCAGAACCCUAGCUUGGAUUGGAUUACCAAUAGCAUUACGAGUUAUGUGAGCGAUAAACACGUGCUGUGCUUCAGCAUGGUAGUGUCCCUGGUGCGUCCAUUGGUGCUGCAGCACCAACAUUCCUUUCGAGUGUGGCUCGUCAACGUUGCCUCUCUGCUGGUUGUGGCAUAUGGAGUCUACCAGUGCGACGCGGAUGAACCCGUUUGCACUUAUGUCUAUUUGGCCUGUUGGGCUUUCCUGGCCUACGCCCUUCUCUCGAUCCCCUACAGUGGAAUUAAGGAGCCAAGACGCCGCCUAGAGCUGAUCAUCUUUAAUAUGCUGACGGCCCACAUAAUGCUGACGACAUCUUCUGAAUCGCUAAUUGUCCAAAUCAUGGUCACCGAGUUUGUGCUGGGCCUGGAUAUCUACGCAGAAAGCCAUGGGCCAAAAAAAGUUAAAGAUGGCAAUCAGAAUGAGAGCAGGGAUCAAGAAGGGGAACAGCACGACGGGGGUCAGGAUCAAACGGAACCUAUAGAUCAAGAACCACCUAAAGGUCAAGUUCCGCGGCAGCACCUCCGGCUCUCCUAUCGUUAUGCCUUCCUCAUUCUGUUGUACUUCUACAUAUCCUUCUUUGGCACUGGACACUGGUUCUUCAAUUUCACCUUCAAGAACACCACUUCGCGAUUGUUCCUCUCGCACUUCUGUCUGUUUGGAGCUAUCGCCUUCAGUCUGCUGAAGAUAUUCAUACCGUCGAUCAUCAUAAUCUCAAGCAUUUACGCUCUGGUAACCUUUGGUCGCAAGAAAGCACGCUCCAUCUUCAUCUGCCUUUUCCUAAUGACCGAGGCCAUGAGCCUGUUCUUCUGCUACUUUGUACAGAAUCGCGGUUCCUGGCAGAAAGUUCGCGAGUCAUUGGAUUGCCUCCUGGUUACACAUAUCUUUUCUAUUUUGUUGCUUGUUUGUGCCUGGAUUGCCAAAGGAUUUCUCAUCAAUACCACUUAUGAGAAGCCCCCGAGCCCCAGGCCAAUAACUGUAAUCGCAAAUGUUACGUCGCUAAGUGAAGAUAGCCAGGCGUAGUUUAUUUCGGAAAUAAUGUCAAAAUUUUAUUCUGUAUUAAUUCACUUAUUGGUGUAACUGUUAAAUGAUCUUCAAUAUAGUUUUAAUCGGUUGAACUCA